AUGCCUGCCCAACGUCCGAGGGCUUCCUUCGAGCCCAUCGCGCCUGACUUCAACCUGAAGGCUCUGGUGGAGUCAACACCGAACUUCAGCUAUGUCGACAGAAUAUCAUGCGACAUGAUCGACCAACAAGGCAUGGCCGCCUUUGAGAAACUGGUCUUGCUACACGUGAUUGUAGGCGGCAAGCCUCUGGUCAUUGAUGGCUUUGAAGAUCGAUUGGAUCCGUGGACAUUCAACCCCAAGUGGCUCCGCGACAACAGUGGUGAUAAGGUGGAGAAUGCGCGGAACUUGACUGCGAAGGAGAAUCUGCCACUCACCAUGGGACAUUACCUGAAGAACAUGGGUCUUCUCACCAAUCAGUUCUUCGACAAGCCCGGCGCGUAUAGAGAAAAGGGCAGACAGCGAGUGUAUCUGAAGGACAUUGACUGCCCCCAGGUGUGGUGGGACAAGCUGAGAGAACAUAUGCCGCCUGCUCUCACCUACCUGAACGACAGCACUGGCGACAUCGGAGGCCCUGGUGCACAGCCAGAUCCGCACAGCACACAACCUGGGAGGAGGCUGGGGAAAGGCAUUGCAAGAGCUGGAGAUCUGAUGAGCUCGCUACCUCCAGACAUGCGGGCAGAGAAUCUGAUGUGCUAUAUUGGUCAUGAAGGAACAUAUACACCCGCACAUCGAGAAAUGUGCGCGUCACUUGGGCAGAACAUCAUGGUGGAGGCCUCGAACAACGUUAGUGAAGACGGCAAGGCCGAGAAGCCAGGUUCUUCCAUCUGGUUCAUGACCGAGUCGAAAGACAGGCAUCUCGUGUCCGAGUACUGGCUGAGUGUGCUUGGGCAUGAUAUCGAGGUUGAGAACCACUUUGCGCAGGUCGUUGCGUGGAAGAAGGCACCUUUCAGCGUGUAUGUGGUCGAGCAGCGGCCUGGUGAUUUCAUCCUGAUACCUCCACUUGCACCACAUCAAGUCUGGAACCGGGGUACGCGGACGAUGAAGGUCGCCUGGAAUCGAACAACCGUGGAGACCCUGGAGAUGGCCAUCAACGAAGCACUUCCUCGCAGCAGAAUUGUCUGCCGAGAGGAGCAGUACAAGAACAAAGCCAUCAUCUACUACACACUACAAAAGUACGCAUCCCUGCUAUCGCAAGCUAUGGGACAGGCAGCUCGCAUGCCUCGGCAGGACAGUGACGCGUUCUUGUACAAGGGCAAGAUCAAGCAGCUGUUCAAAGACUUCAAGCGGUUGUUCGACUUGUACAAGCAGAUCCUGCUGAGCGAGAUGUUCAGCCCGGAAGACCGUGACGUACCAAAGAACAUCGAGUAUGUUCCUUUUGACUCCAAUGUCACCUGCGCAUACUGCAGGUGCAACAUUUUCAACAGAUUCUUGACUUGCCCUAACUGCAAAGACCUCCUUGGUCAUCAAGCUGACGAGGAUGGCGACCCAUACGAUGUCUGCAUGGACUGCUAUGCAAUGGGAAGAUCGUGCGCAUGUCUGGCUGGGCUCAAGUGGGUCGAGCAAUUCCGCUGGAAGGAGCUUGCCAGCAAGUACGAUACCUGGCGCAAGCUCAUCAUCCAACUUGACGGUGGACAGAACGACAAGUCACCGCAGAUCAUUCAGGAAGAGCGGCGACGCUACGGUAAGAAGACUUUGGCAGAGGUCUGCAAAGAUCAGCUCAAGCGACGGCCCUUCAAGGAUGUCAAGAAGCCAGCAGAUGAGCCGAAGGAAGACGAGGAAUCUGAUGAGGAAAUCGUGGUUGGUGACGAUGGUGUCGUCAAGAAGAUACAGAAGAAGAAAAGCAAGGCUUGGCUCAAGAACAACGUCCCCUGCCACGUUUGCUGCCACCGACACCCUACUUGGAAGAUGGCAAAGUGUACCACCUGUGAGCGGUCCUGGUGCUACGGCUCGCUCUUUAGAGGCUGGGACAAGAUGCCGACGGAGAUCAUGGAGGAUCAAGAUUGGUCGUGCCCACACUGUCUCGGCAUCUGUUUUGCUGGAGCUUGCAGGCGCGAAGGCAAGAUGGUGCCGUACGAGCCAAAGGGAACACUCCUCGGUCAUGAUACCAAGAAGGUCGCAGAUGUUCGGUCCGUCGAGGCCUUGGUUGAUUUCUCUGUGAGCAAUCUAAACUGGCUCAGGGACGAUGACCCGGCCAAUCGCACCCAGUCUCGACGCUUCCAGAAAGCGAGGGCCGAAGCUGACCGUAACAAGAACAUGGACCCUAGCAUGGAGCUUGACGAAGACGAUGAUCAAGUUGAUGAGACACAGGUUGAGAUGGAAUACUCUCCAACCGGUGACGAUGGUCCCAUUGAUCCUGCGCUUGGUGGCACGGGUGCUGGACCUAGCAGUCGCCGUAGACAGAAACAGCCAGCUGCUGAGCUUGAUGAGGACGAUCUGGCCCGCAGGCUCCAGGAAGCUAACUCUGCCCUGCCGCCGCCUGCUGCCAUGAUGGCUGGCGCACCUGCUAACGGCAUGCCUGACGGCUAUGCUCCUCUCACGCAAGCUGGAUACUCUGGGUAUGGUGCACCUCCGGCUGAUAUGUACGGUGAUCCAGAUGCGAGCAACUCUUAUCACUACCCUGGCUAUCAGCGUGAUGGCGACGACGACAGCCUUGAACCAGAGACUGAACAAGCACUACGACCCUUCAAGAAGCGACGCAGAAGUGGUCGCGAUGGUGAAGACGACGGCGACUUUGACGAGAUUGCGAUGUCCAAGGGCAAGAAAGCUAAGAAGCCGCGACUCGCCGCAGCUGGCUUCCGUUCGUACGAUCUGGCUGAAACGCCUGAUUCUGCAUCCGCCAGUAGAGCAAAGAAUGAAGCCCAACAGCAGUUCGAGAAAGAGAAGGAGCGCAAGGCGCUUGAAAAGGCGAAGAAGGAAGGUCGCUUCAUCAUGUUGCAAGCAGCCAUGAAAGGCAAGAAGAGGGUCGUGAAGCUAUCCAUACCUGGUGCUCGCCUAGCGCAGCUCAUGGCUCAGCAGGCUGCACAAGCCGCUCUCACCGCGGGCGACGACGUUGACGCCGAGCAUGAGGUUGAAGCAGGGGCAGCGCAGACUAACGGUGACGACGAAGAUGACAACGAUCUGCUGCUAAAGAGUGAUGUGGCGCCGAAGAAGACUCCCAGAGAUCUCCAGCUCCAGUAUGCAGAGAAGAUUCGCGAGGGCCGGAUCCUUACCGGCAACACCAAGAAGGCCCUCAUUCCCGUUGAGAAAGAUGAAGACUACGGCUACCGACAUCGUGAACGAGUCAAUGGCAAGCGUGUCGAUCGAACUAAGGACGUGCCAGCCACCGCGGCGAGCAAGAAGGAGAAACGCAAGAGCCAAGGUGGACGACCGCCGGUCGAGUACGAAGAAGUUGAUGUUGCUUCAGACGACGAUGACUUUGACGCGAAUGAGUCGGGCUGGAAUGCAGUCAAUGGUACUGCAAAGAGCAACAGAAACCGUCGUUCAUUGCCAGGUUAUCUACAAGAGCGCCACGCAGAUGAUGAUCCAGACAUGCCCGACGAAUUGCCUGAAGGGCACCGCGAUAAGCACCAUAAUGCGCUCAGGUCUGGUCGGACUGGCAACCCAAAAGCGCGAGCCAGCGAUGCUGCCGCUCAACUACAAGCAGAGACGGCGGCUACUGUCAAACAAGGCCAGGUGGCCGGUAAGGCUCCGGGCAUGCGUCCCAACUCUUCCAACCAGCCCAUCGAGAUUGAAGACGACGGCAAUAGUAGUGAUGACGAUGUUGACGAUGCCAUCAACGCUGCGGCGAACGGCGACUUUGGUGCGCAGACAAAUGGCACACCUGUCCCCAGCGGCAGUAGCAAGCAGCCAAGCAGUACAGGUCGUCCUCGAGGGCGGCCGCCGAAAGGCAAAGGCGUGGCCACUACCUCACCCUCAUCUUUGAAGAAGAAUGCCGCAGAAGCUGCAGUUCUAGAAGCCCAACACAUGAUGGAGGAGGACAAUCGCCUUGCUAAGCUUCAAGUUCUUGAGAUGCUCAACGACCCCAAUUCGCCCCGCGCAGAUAUGUCCUUCAGCAGGGCAGGUGGUGACUUGUUCGGCGAGGACGAAAGUGACGAUGGUCUUGACGAAGCGCCGGCAAGGAGUAUGAAGGUUUGA